AUGCCGUUAUAUGCAAAUGGCACAGUAAGCUUGUCCAUCAGCAUCUUACUGUCCCUCACCGUGUUCUUCUUGCUGCUGGCCGAGAUCAUUCCGCCGACGUCGCUGGUUGUGCCGUUACUAGGGAAAUUCGUGCUGUUCACUAUGAUAUUAGACACGUUAAGUAUAUGCGUGACCGUGGUGGUGCUGAACGUGCAUUUCCGCUCGCCCCAGACGCACACCAUGGCCCCUUGGGUGAGGAGGGUCUUCAUCCACAUUCUUCCGAGACUGUUGGUUAUGCGAAGACCUCAGUACCAGAUGGAUAAGCACCGUUUGUUUGCAAAGGCUAAGACCGGGAUGCUUAGAUCUUGCAAUGGCGGAGAUAUGAGAGAUUCCUGCAACUAUUAUCCUGCUGAUACAUUCCAGGACUCCAGGGAAAAUUCAUUCAG